CGCUCUCAUCAACACUGCAACAAUAAACCAAGAAGUUGAAGCAGUCCUCCACAACAUCCGGGCAUUCCACCGCUCGCGCAGAAUCGGAAUGGCGGAGGUAAGUCGGCGGAGGGCUUUCGGGGAGGAAGAAGACGACUGAAAAAGCUCGUCGAGCCGCGCCGCGUUUACAAACGUUUUCCACUCAAAACGACGGCUAAGGACGCUGCCGGUGGCACCGGGCGGUCAGAAAGGAGCAUAACGCGGCGCCGUGCACACAAAUGAGGAAGUUAUGAAGGGUGUGCUCUUGUGUCCGCGUCGCUUCUCUCCCUCUCUCCCUCUCUCUCUCUCUCCCCUGCUCUCUCCCCGUCUGUGUGGAAGAACCGUUCCUCACUGAGCUCUGUGGAGAAAAAAACCACACAGCAGCACACCGGUGGUGCUGAACUGCGGUGAAGGUGGACGCCGAGAAGACGCCGGGAAGUAAAGUAAACGUGACAAGAGCGUGUCAGCGGCUCUCUGCUUCUCCGCGUCCCCCCCACCGCCACUUUAAAACUAUUUCCUUCUCACACCGGUGGAGAGUGUGUCGACCGUUCAGCACCCAGCGAGCAGGAAAGCGCCCUGCUCAACUCAACUGUUCCGUGAAGAAGUAGCCUUCACUUCACUUUGGCUUGAAGUCUUCCAACUUUCUCCAGAGUUGCAGCUUUUCCGUCGCCGUUUCAGACAAAACCAGACAGAAAACGAGACCAGAAGGAGCUUCCCAGCCUUGCUACUGGGCGGAUGGGCUCCACGGAUCACCACCUAGCACACGUUCUUUGCCUGGGCUAUGCAGUGCCUCUGGAGCUGUCUCCUCAACCAUCCACACCCUUAGAGGAGCAGCAGAAGAUCCGGGGGGCUUGGGAGUUACAGCCAAAGAAGAUGGCUGCACAAACACAACGAACACAUUCAGGUGGAGAAAUACCCCUAGAGGAACUGUUGGCCCUGUAUGGUUAUGACAUGUCCCACCCUGUCCUGCAGCAGAACCGCCAGCCCAGCGAGACAGCAGCCUCACUGCCAGAAACUACAAUAGACAAGAUUGCCAAGGAUCUGUUCUCAGGAGAGGAGGAUGAGGACACUCAGUCCUCUGCUGAUGACCUUAAAACAUUGGUUACUUCCCAUUCUUCUGAUCUUUUGCAAUGCCAUCUUAUAGACCCAGCCCUUCCAAAUGAAGACAAAGACGCAGCAGUCAGCUCCUCAGACGAAGAUUCAGACAGCACUGUUCCAUCCAAUGAUGGACGCAAGGACAUCAUGGUAGGCCCGCAGUACCAAGCCACCAUUCCUUCUCUCGGCUCCUACACGUGCUAUGACAAAGCCUAUGAAAGCAAGGACCAGUUGUUAUGGACACCAGGGGUGAUGUCUACCACGGCUGUGGAGGAGUUCUUAUUGCAUGCACAGAGACGAGCAGGACAGGAAGGGGCUGUGGACACCCUAACCUCAGGAGACUUAGUCAAAGACAAUGAGCAGGCACUAUAUGAGCUGGUGAAAUGUAACUUCAAUGCAGAGGAGGCUCUGAGGAGACUGCGAUUCAAUGUGAAAGUAUUCAGUGAGGAGCUUUGUGCUUGGAGUGAGGAGGAAUGUCGAAACUUUGAGCAUGGAUAUCGUGUUCAUGGGAAAAAUUUCCACCUCAUACAGGCCAACAAGGUACGCACACGCUCAGUAGGAGAGUGUGUGGAGUACUACUACAUGUGGAAGAAGUCAGAGCGUCAUGAGUACUUCACCCAACAGUCCAACAAACUGGGACGCAGAAAGUACCCUCUGCAGUCAGGAAACAUAGAGGAUGGAGAGGCAGAUGGAGAGCACAGUGAAGUGGACAGUUCAAGCCUGCAGAUUCGCCCACCAUCACCAUCUACUGUCCUGCAGGUGGAGCAGUCAGGUGCCGAGUUAGAAAUCAGGGAGAUGGAGCUGCGCGCAGGUCCUCACUCCAGCCUGCAGAGGGAGCUGUUUUAUAGCUCUUUUUCACCUGUCCUGCCUUUACAGGAGCACCAGAGGCCUGUUAUGGACUGUCUCAGCCCAGACAGCUUGGCAGCCUCUCCCUCCAGUCAGCUUUAUACCUCUCUUCAUCACCAUCAGCAGGAACCAGACCUCUACCAGCUACAGCUGGGUUCUCUAGACAAUGUACCUUCUGGCUCUCAGUGCAGAGCCUCCAGGCGACUUCAGACCGACUUCUCUUUACCUUCUACCCCUGUUCCAGCUCCUGCAAUCGCUCCUUCCAUCUCAGUCCAGGACUUUGGGCCUGUGGGGGGCUUCCUUUGCCCUUCCUCUGCUCUGUAUCGUCCGUCCCUCCAGCCACGAUCACUUAUGCAGUAAAGAUCGGCACAGAAUUCAUUCUGGAAGACAUUUCAAA